UAUUAUCGAUCUUUACCUAAUGUCAAAUAGAACUUUAUAGCAACAAGAAGAGUUAGCGCUAUGGCUAGCCUCAGAGUAGGAAUUGUUGGUCUACCAGACCAGAUAUCCAUCUUGGUGCCUAUACUGCAGUCCCUGAACGUCAGGGUGACAGCCAUUUGGUGCAAGGGAAACGAUACUCGUCGAAAACUCUCUGAUAAAUUGAAUCUCCCCUUCCUACCUGGUGGUUUCCAAGAUCUCCUAGUCUGCUCAGAAGUAGAUCUGGUGUAUGUUGCUACUGAACCUAGUCUACAUGCCGAGCUAGCUGUGAAGGCUCUAACAUCCGGCAAGCAUUGCAUCUGUCAAAAACCACCGUCCACCUGUCGCAAAGAAGCUGAGAAGAUGGUCUCUCUCUCUCGUUAUUAUCCUCUCGUUUGUUUGCUUGAAAGUCAUCUUCGAUUCGUACCUGCCAUCAAGAAAAUGAAGGAGCUCGUUUCUACGGGAUAUGUUGGUAAACCUUUGAUCAUUGAAGCACGAGUCGUGAUGGGAUCGCUGAUACAGUCAGAGCCCUUCUCCUGGAUGUGCGAUCCAUCAAUGGGGGGUGGGGUGUUAAACUUGGUCGGCUCUCCAAUCAUCGAUCUGGUGCUGUAUGUGACUGGAGAGAAAGCACAGAGAGUGCACGGACACACGAAGACCUUCACUCCACACACAGACAGUAUACACGGCUAUCGUACAGUCACUAGUGAUGAUUUCUGUGUGUUUCAGAUGGAGUGUACAAACGGGUUGUCUGUGACAGUCACUCUGCACACACAUCUAGUGGGGCAGUACAAGUUUGAAUUCUCUGUCACAGGAACUAAAGACCACCUCUCUGUUAAAGGACUCAAUCUCUAUGGAAACAAUGACACUAUUUUGAAACAAGAUGAUACGGAAUUUCGGUUCAGCAGUCGCGACUUAUCUACGAAAUUUCCUGCCGAGUUUUACCUUCCCUUUGUGCUGGGCUGCAAGGAACUGUUUAGUUCUCUCUCUGUAGAGUCCACUUCUAGUCAGCUGCUCACACCCUCGGCCACAUUCGAGGAUGGACUUUACAAUAGGACUGUGUUGGAUUCCAUUCACUUGUCUGCAGGGACAGGACAGUGGGUGGAUGUGCCGGAGGAGGAGGGGAAGGAGGCAGAGUUGAACCCAUUCUGGACCAAGAUAUCUACUCGUGGAGAAACUGACAAGCCAUCUCCAAAACUCAUGAGACCAUAGCUUCUGAUAAUUAUUCAUUGUGCAGUUGUAUCCAUUCAUUUGCUUAUGACAAUUGUUUACCCAUA